AUGAAGAGCGAGGAAGACGCUUCGUUGUUCGACACUCGAUUUACUAAGAUGACACCCGUGGAUUCUCCUUGCGAGUCAACGUUCAGUUUUACCGGUGAUAAUCCAUUUGUUGGUUUCACAUAUGUUGCACCGUCGGUUCUUGAAGCAAUGAAUCAACCAGAUGCUCCUAUGGUGACUCGUGCUCGUUCACCUCGCAAGCCUCAA